GGUGUAUGCAACUAAUCAUACACUAAAGUAUUGUAAUGUCUAUGUACAUAUUGUAUCAAUGUUCAAUGUGAAUAAACCAGUUCGUAUUUGACUAACAAAGAGACAUGACAUGGCGCAGUCACGAACCUAAAUUUAAUUGAUAAAUCAAGUUAUAUGAAUGAAAAUUGAAGCAGAGAAAUUAAAAAUGGACUCAAAUGAAAAACUACGACCUAUGAAAUUAAGUGGAAACCUAGCCGAAAAUUGGAAAAGUUGGAUACAGCGAUUCGAAAUAUAUUCAACAGCAACAGAGUUAGAUGGCAAGGACCAGAAGAUCCAAUGCGCACAAAUGCUUCAUCACAUGGGUGAGGACGCCAUUAACAUUUUCAACAGUUUCACGUUUGCAGAUAACGAGAAAAAUAAAAUUGCCUCCCUCAAGGAAAAGUUCGCAAAUUACUUUGUUCCAAAAACAAAUGUCACGUAUGAACGCUACAAAUUUUUUACUUCGAGACAAAAUGAGGAACCGCUGGAACAAUUCAUCACAAAUCUGAAAAACCAAGCUCAACUAUGCAAUUUGGGUGAAGAGGCAUUAAGGAACGAAUUAAUAAAAACUAUGUUAAUAAUUGGAAUCAAGGACGAAGCUGUCAGGGAAAAACUACUACAAAAGGAAGACUUGACAUUAGACAAGGCCAUUGAAUGUUGUAUCGUAACGGAGAGUUCCCGCCAACAACUUCGAGACAUGAAACAAAAUACAUCGUCACAGUCCCAAGGAGUGAACGAGAUCGACAGCAUUAGAAGGACCACAAGAACAAUGGAAUCAAACUCACGUGCCAAUAAGGAGACGAAGUCACGGUUUGAUAACAAAGACCAAUUUAAAAAAGUAAGUAAUUGUACAAGAUGUGGUAAAAAUCACUCAAUUAAUAACUGUUCUGCUUAUGGUGCCUUAUGCAAUAAUUGCAAAAAACCAAAUCAUUUUGCAAAUGUCUGUAAAUAUAAAUCACAUAGAAAUAGGAAAAUAAAUGAAAUUGUUGAUCAUGAUAAUUACGAACAAAGUCUGUUGAUAAAUGAAAUUAGUAACAAUUCAAAAAUUAAUAAUUGUACUAUAGAACUGAUUGUAAAUAACAAAGUCAAUGUGUUUGUCAAUUUUAAAGUGGACACUGGUGCUAAUGCAAACAUAAUUUCACUAGACCAAUUGAAAAGUAUUGAAUUUAAUGAAAAAAGCAUUCAAAGAUCGCAUGAAAUUUUAUUAACUUUUACAGGUCAGAAAAUUCCGAUUGUAGGUAAAUGCUAUUUACAUCUUAGACUAAAAGACAAAUUAAUUAAAAAUGUUGAAUUCCAUAUUCACAAAGGCAAUGGGUCGAUUAUUGGUAUAAACGCUUGUGUUGAGUUAGACAUAAUCAAAUUUCACGAGGAGGUUAAAUUAAAAGAAAUUUAUGCCAUAAAUAAAAAUUGUAAUUCAGGAUACGAAAAGCUAAUUAACGAUAAUUCAAAUUUAUUUAAAGGAAUAGGGAAAGUAGGGAGACCCUACCACAUUGAACUAAAUGAAAAUGCAAUGCCAGUUGUUAAGCCUAUCAGAAAUGUACCUUUUGCGAUUCAAGAACAAUUUAAAAAACACUUGAACGAAUUGGUAAAUUUAAAAAUAAUCGAACGAGUUGAAGGAAGUUCUGAGUGGGUAAAUUCCUACGUCAUUGUAAGGAAAAAUAACGGUUCUCUACGAAUUUGCCUUGAUCCAAAAAACUUAAAUGAGUCCAUCAAAGAUUCAAAAUAUAAAUUAACAAGUUUAGACGACAUAAUUUCAAACAUUAAUGGUUCCACAGUUUUUACACUAUUAGAUGCUACAAGUGGUUUUUGGAAUAUACCUCUUGAUAAGGAGUCAAGUAAACUAUGCACAUUUGCAACGCCUUUUGGCAGGUACAAGUUUUUAAGAAUGCCUUUCGGUAUAAAAACCGCUAGUGAAGUAUUUCAGGAACGAUUCCAAGAAAUAUUCGCGGAUAACGGAGUGCAGGUAUACAUUGAUGAUAUUUUAGUGCACGGUAAAGACAAACAGGAACAUGACGAGCGUCUAAAAAACGUGUUCAGAAAAGCACAUGAGCAAAAUGUAAAAUUUAACUUAAGUAAGUGUAGAUUUGGAGUAGGGGAAAUUAAAUACUUAGGGUAUAAAUUCUCGAGUGAAGGGAUAAUGAUAGAUGAAGAAAAAAUUGAUGCUAUAAAAAAUAUGCCUCAACCUAAAAAUAAAAAAGACAUACAAAGAUUCCUAGGUUUUAUCACGUAUGUUGGUAGAUUCAUAGAAAAUUUGUCAGAAAAAACUCAACCACUUAGGGAAAUUAUCAAACAAGAAAAUUUAUUUGAAUGGGGCGAACCACAAAAUAAAGCAUUUGUAGAAUUAAAAAAUUUAGUAAUCAAAGAACCUAUACUGAGAUAUUAUAAUCCUAAAAAACCAAUUACAUUAUCGGUAGAUGCAUCAAAAUCCGGUUUAGGUGCAGUACUAUUACAAGAUAACCAACCUUGUGCAUACGCAUCACGUGCUAUGACAACAACACAACAGAACUAUGCUCAGAUCGAAAAAGAAUUAUUAGCUAUUGUAUUUGGUGUAAACAAAUUCCAUCAGUACGUUUACGGAACUAAAUUCAUAGUAGAAACGGAUCACAAACCGUUAAUAGCAAUUUUCAAAAAACCAUUAAAUGCGUGCCCUGCAAGACUUCAACGUAUGUUAUUAUCCUUACAAAAAUAUCAGAUUCACCUAAUCUACAAACCAGGAAAAGAUCUGAUAAUUGCAGACACUUUGUCACGUGCUAAUUCAAGUAAGACAUUUGACGAUAAUUUAGAUCUUGAAGCUCAGGUAUGCUUAAUUCAAAAGAAAUUAAUAAUAACUGAUAAUCGGGUAGCACAGUUAGUAAAAGAAGUCAGUAAAGAUGAAGAACUUCAAUCAAUUAAAAAAUAUGUAGUAAACGGUUGGCCAAGUAUUAGUAAAAUUCCAAGUAAUAUAAAACCGUAUCAUAAAUUAAAAGCCGAAAUAACGCUAGGUACCAACGGUUUAAUUUAUAUGUCACAGAGAGUCAUUAUUCCGCAAUCGUGGAGAAGCAAAAUCCUAGACGACAUACACACAGGUCACUUAGGUAUAAACAAAUGCAUUUCUCGUGCAAAAUCAUCUGUUUAUUGGCCUAACAUGAACUCGCACAUUGAAACUCUUGUAAAUAAAUGCGAGAUGUGUAAUAGACAUGCGAACUCAAAUAAACGAGAACCGAUGAUUUCACACGAAAUAAUUAAAAAACCAUGGCAAAAAGUGGGCAUUGACUUAUAUGAAGUAUCUGGAAAAAUUUAUCUAAUUGUAGUAGACUACUACUCAAAAUUUCCAGAAAUCUCGAAUCUUCAAAAAAAUUUAACAUCUAGUAACAUAAUUAACAAAUUAAAAGCAAUUUUUGCAAGACAUGGAAUCCCAAAAAUAGUCGUUUCCGACAGUGCAAAACAAUUCACAGGCAUUGAAUUUCAAAAUUUUAGUAAACAGUGGAAUUUUUUAUCAAUAAAAUCCUCUCCGCAUCACCAACAGUCAAAUGGACAAACGGAGAGAACCAUUCAAACAAUAAAAAAAUUAAUUAAGAAAUCAACUGAAAAUAAUGAAGAUAUUUAUCUAGCAUUAUUAGCUUUCCGUAACACUCCUGUUUACAAUUCUUAUACACCAUCUCAAAUUUUAAUGUCCCGAUACCUCAGAGACAACUUGUUAAUAAUUGAUUCAAAGUUAAAUCCAAAAUUAAUUAACAACACAAAACUUAAUCAGAAAAUUAGUAACUCUCAAUCGUACAACAAAAAGCAAUAUGAUAGUAAAGGUGUAAGACCGAGACAAGAUUUUAAAAUCGGCACAGCUGUUUGGUAUCAAUUAAAACCCAAAAGCCUAUGGGAAAAGGGUAAAAUAGUAGACAAACUUAGUAAUACAACUUACAAAGUGCAGACAUUAGAUGGUAAGGUGUUAAUUAGAAAUAGAUUUUAUAUUAGACAAUGUCACACAAAUAAUGUAGAAAAUAAGGAUAAGUAUUAUUCAAAUUUUGUAUAUUAAUUUGAUGAUGACAAUUUAGAUUCACAUCAAAAUGUAAUUAGUAAUAAGGAUAGCGAUCAUUCUAAACCAAGUGUAAGUGCAAGUGACGAGAGAAGCAAAAGACAAAUUAGACUACCACCUGCUCUAAAUGAUUAUGUUCUUUAUAAAUAAGGGAGAUGUGGUGUAUGCAACCAAUCAUACACUAAAGUAUUGUAAUGUCUAUGUACAUAUUGUAUCAAUGUUCAAUGUGAAUAAACCAGUUCGU